AUGAUCAAAUAUUUACUAUUUUUAAAUUUACUGCACAAUUCAAAUGUUUAUUCCAUCGAUUGCUUCAAAUGCGUAUCAAUAAAUAGUGAUUACCAACCAUGUGAAGAUCCGUUUCAUCACAAUUACACUGAGGACAUUUACAAAUCACCCUGUAUGGGUGGCAAAAAGGGCAGAGACGGACUAUUCCCGGCCACGUCUUGUGUAAAAAUCGCUGGAAUAUUUGAUGAUACUGAGGACUCCAUUGUAGUGAGAGGUUGUGCUCUAGAUAGUGGCACUUUAACGACAGAUACAGAAAUUGUACGAAUGUCACAUUGCGGAAGGUUUUACUACAAGAAUAGAUAUGUUAGAGGUUGCGUCCAAAGUUGUAAUGAUGCUGAUGGAUGUAACAAAGGAACUAUUCCACAAUGCGGCAAUCUAACUUUCCUCUUAAUUUCAUUUAUAUUAAUAAAUUUACUGGUUUUCUAA